AUGACGGUCGCAACGGACUUCCGUUGGCGGGCGGUCAUCGUCAACGAGGCCGCCGCCCUGCGGAACUCUAAGAGCCUGGGAUGGCGCAUGAUCAACGCAUUGCCAAAGGACGCGGUCGGGUUCAAAACAGCCACGCCAGCCAAGAGCCGGGUGACCGGCUGGCAGUUGACGACAUCUGGCCUCGUCCAAGACACAUUCGACCCCAGCUACGACGCUGGCGACCCGAAGCAUAUCAUCACCAGGGCCGCAGCCGGCCAAGACGAGACCGUCAAGGACCUGCGCUGGUUCCACCAUGAGCUCGUUGACGACAUUCAAUCUCGUCAAAACGACUCUGACCCCAGCUACGAGGCCGGUAACCCCAAGCUUAUCACGAGGGCCGCGGCCGACGAGGACGAAACGGUGAUGGACCUAUGCUGGUUCCUCCGCGAGCUCGGCUUCAAGUGGUGGUUUCUGCUGUCCGAGAUAAAUAGGCCGGGGAGGCGGUGUCCAAGUCUCUCACUCUUGCGGCUGAGGACCUUCGGGGGUGGGCUGAGCGAAUUUCGCCCCCUGGAGUCCGAUACAGCGCGGUAA